AUGUCGUCGCAGCCGCACGUCCUCCUGGUGUCGUUCCCUCUCCAGGGCCACGUGAACCCGCUGCUCCGACUGGGCGCCCGCCUCGCCGCCAAGGGCCUCCUCGUCACCUUCACGACGUUCCGCCACGCCGGCCUCCGCGCCCUGCGCGACGACGGCGCGUGCGACGCCGUCGGCGCCGGGCGCGGCCGCCUCCGGUUCGACUACCUCCGCGACGACGGCGGGCCGUUGCGCUCCCCGGACGACGACCCGCGCUACCUGAACCCCAGCGACAUGCUACGCCACGUCGCGGACGUGGGACCGUCGGCGCUGGCCGGCCUCCUCCGGCGCCAGGCCGACGCCGGGCGGCCCGUGGCGUGCGUCGUGAACAACCCCUUCGUGCCGUGGGCGCUCGACGUGGCGGCGGGCGUGGGCAUUCCGUGCGCCAUGCUGUGGAUCCAGUCCUGCGCCGUGCUGUCGCUGUACUACCACUUCUACAACUUCCCCGAGGCCUUCUUCGCGUCCGAGGCCGACCCCGACACGCCGGUCGCGGUGCCGGGCCUGCCGACGGUGGCCGCGGACGAGCUGCCACUCAUGGUCCGCCCUGAAUACGCGAGGAACCUGUGGGGCCAGAUGCUCCGGGCGCAGCUCGGGGAGAUCAAGAAGACGGUGACCUGGGUGCUGGUCAACACCUUCGAGGGGCUCGAGCGCCCGGUCGUCGAGGCGCUUCGCUCCCACGCGCCGGUGACCCCCGUUGGUCCGCUCCUGGACCAUGACGGCGACCACAACGACGACGACGGCUGCAUGGCGUGGCUGGACGCGCAGCUGCCCGGGUCCGUGGUGUACGUGGCGUUCGGCAGCCUCGUGAACAUCGGCCGCGGCGAGAUGCUGGAGGUGGCGGAGGGCCUGGCCAGCACCGGCAGGCCUUUCCUGUGGGUGGUGCGCGACGACAGCCGGCGGCUCCUCCUCCCGGAGGACGCCCUCGCGGCGUGUGGCGACAGGGGCAGGGUCGUGGCGUGGUGCCCGCAGGGGCGCGUGCUCGGCCACGGCGCCGUCGGGUGCUUCGUGACGCACUGCGGGUGGAACUCCGUCGCCGAGGCGCUCGCCGCCGGCGUGCCCAUGGUCGGGUACCCGUGGUGGUCCGACCAGUUCACCAACGCCAAGCUAUUGGUGGAGGAGUAUAGGGUCGGCGUCCGGCUGCCCGCACCGGCGACGCCGGACGCCCUCCGCGCGAGCGUCGACGAGGUGAUGGGCGGGCCACGGGCAGCGGCGUUCCGGAUGAGAGCCAAGGCGUGGAAAGACGAAGCGGCGGCAGCUGUUGCCGAUGGUGGGUCCUCGGACCGGAACCUCCAGGCUUUUGUUGAAGAGAUACGGCGGUUUCAUGAAACAAGAUCUGAUGGUAGCAUGAUCAACUCAAUCAAACAUUUGAAUUCGAUCGAUGUUCGUUGA